CCACGUGGUUUUACAACAACCGGAAAACAGCAGCGAGUGUCUUUGCAGCUGGAAAACUAACUUUUAUUCAUAGUUUGACUCAAGUUUCUUCUGUUUUUGCCGUCAAAAUAGUUUCUUACUUUUAUAGAUUUUAAUUACACUUCAGCAGACGUGUCCUCUAAUGAUGCAAGCCUUGAAAAGCGUCAGACACCUGACGUCCAGUACAAUGAAACAAGCAGCAGAGGGUGUGUGUGUUCCAGUGUCAGAGCUCUCUCUACCGGUCCCCUGGGGGGAGAUCAGAGGUAAAGUCUGGGGUCCUGAUCACGGCCGUCCUGUACUGUGCCUGCACGGCUGGGCUGAUAACUGUGGUUCAUUCAACACCCUCAUCCCUCUUCUACCCAAAGAGUGUAGAUACGUGGCGGUGGACCUGGCAGGUCACGGUCUGUCCUCACAUCGUGCUCCCGGAGUCUUCUACUCCUUUCCUUCGUAUGUGUCGGAUGUACGCACAGUCAUUGACGCUCUCCAGUGGAGCAAAUUCUCCAUCAUCGGCCACAGUAUGGGUGGUAAUGUCGCUGGAAUGUUCAGUGCACUGUAUCCAGAGAUGGUGGAUGCUGUCGUACUGCUGGACUCAUAUGGAUUCUUACCCACAGAUCCGAAAGAAUUACCCAAACUGAUGCGUCAGGGGAUCGAAGACAUGCUUCAGUUUGAAAAGAAGUCUAAAGAUAAGAAGGAGCGAGUUUACACUUAUGCGAAGGCAGUUGAGAGGCUGUUUGCUGCAAACCCGACUCUGUCUCUGGAGUCUGUGAAGAUCCUGUUAGAGCGAGGUCUAGUUCAAGUUGAAGGAGGAGUUGUGUUCUCCCGAGACUUUCGUAUUAAUCUGAAAAACAUAGUGCGCAUCAGUUUGGAGCAGAGUCUGGAGAUGCAGUCGAGGAUACAAGCUUCUGUUCUAGUUGUUCUAGCAGAAGAAGGCUUUGAGAAAAUAUUUGCUGAACCAGAUCAAAAGAAGUUUACAUCAGCUCUUCUUCAGGCCUAUAGAGACAGAAAUCACACGGUGUUGACGGUACCAGGCGACCAUCACGUCCAUCUGAAUAACCCCGUCGUCGUUGCUCCGCUUGUGUCUGACUUCCUGCAGACUCAAGUGUUGUCACAGUCGGCCAGACUGACAGACGAACAGACCUCCAAGUUGUAGGAAAAAAACACACAUUCAUAUUACACCUUGGUGCUUGAACUGUUUUAACAUCAAUUAGUUGCCAUAUGUGACUUA